AGGUUGGUGUUCACUCGAUUUCAGAGAAUCAGUUUGGUGCGGUGUUACCUGGCUGUCAGCCAGACAUGUACCCGUAGACGCUAUUGUGUAACCCAGUCACUAUGCACAAACGAACGCUGACAUAUAUAUAUGUACAUUGCACAGACAGACUUUUCUGUGCAGCGUUGAAUGGAAGUAAGUCGGCGGGACGUCAGCUCGAGAAAACAAGCGGACAGGAACUUGGGUUAGCCUGAGUCUCUCGGGUUGCUGGUUACAUUUCAUGAAUCACGGAACUUGCUGAUUGUUUCAAGAUAAGAACUCAGCCAGAUCCAUUUGACCCCGAGAUCGUUUUGUGUAUUUGAGGACGAAGCGUAAUGGCAUAUUUCUAAUGUUUGAUCGUGUGGCACUUGGUCAGUGAAUGACAGGGUGAACUUUCGACAAAAUCAGAAUGGCGGCACCUCCUGAGUCCAGCUUCUUGGCGUUAAUAGAGGCAGUUUUGAGCCUUGCUGCACCUCCCAUGCCGAGGCCCAAACGGUCUACACAUCCAAUCAAGGCAGGAGGGUAUCCCGAGGACAUCUUUAUAAAUCUGACCGAGGAAGAUAAAGAAGAAUUCGAGUGUUCAAUAUGUUACCAGAUUCUAAAGGACACCAUGCUGUGCAGCAACAAGCACAAGUACUGUCAUUCUUGUAUCUAUGUGUGGUCAACAAGUGGGGUGCAUCUCAACAGAACACGCUGCCCAGUUUGUCGAACGAAUGGCUUCUAUUCCCGUGACACAGAGUUGGACAACAAGAUAAAAGCAAAAGAGGUAAAAUGCAGUAUGGCUGGAUGCAGCUGGACUGGGAAACUGAUGUACCUGCUGAGUCACAAACACACAAAUUAUGACAGUAAUAGCAACCCGAGUCCUGUGGAGAAUGUUGAUACUGAGUUGCCACAGCUUAGGAGAAGGAAUACACCACGGACCCAGUCCAUCUCCAGGACAGGUCUUCAGUUCCCCACCAGGCAUCUACACUUAAGGUCAUCACUUCCAUCAAACAGCCUGAAUAGAGGUUUAAACAACAUUAGGUCUCUGAGUGACAGUAACAACAAUACAUUGAGUAGGGACAGUUUUCUGAGCCGUGACACCUCAGAUGGCAUUGUCCAUACACCGAGACCGCCUUCAACCCCGAGACCACCUCAGCAGGUUGUACGCAGAGUACCAACUCUUCCUUCUUUGCUGCAACAGGAUUCCCCAAGGCCAAAUGUACAUAAUUCAAACAUUUCAACACCAAGUUAUCCAGUACAGCCUUCCGAAGUGUCCACACGGACCUUGAUUCAGCCCUCAGCCCGGACUCAAGUCAGUAACAGUCUCUCUCAGAUUCGAGAUCGCCUUCAUGAUAGUCGGUCAAGACUUGAUUCCUUGAUGACAACAUUUGGCACUGAAUUAGAACAACGACAGCAAGAAGUUUUUGAUGUUAAUGCUGAACGUGAACGGCAUCGUCAGGAGCAGUUACAGGAAGUUCGUGAACUUGGCCGGAGACUGGGGCAGGUGGCGUCAGAGCUUAGACGCCUGCUGAAUCAGCGGUCUGCCAUCAGAGGAGAGAUCAACGACCUUAUGGAAAACUAAUCUCAGUUUACUUGCUCAAAUUCAUUGCAAAUCCUCUAAAGAGAGCUAUGAUAGAAAGAAUAUUGUUGUCAUAUAUUGCAGUGUAGUCCGCAACAAUGCAUGACGGAUUGUACAAGCCAGCUAAGCACAAACAUGCUUUUGAGAAAUGUCAAAGCCUGAUAGUAUUUGUUUUGUUUGAUAUUGGGCCAUUAGCUUCAGUGGUAAUCACCUGCUGUGUACUGGGUUGAUUACAUAUCUUACCCUUAUUAGUACGAUUGCAAAAACUCAAAUGACAUGUAAACUUCUUUGUCUAAUGACAUGUGCAACCAAAAUACAUGUCCUAUGCUUAAUCCACCUAUUAUUGUUCGAUGCUUAAGCCACCUUUUAGAUCCACUGGAAAAAGAGUGCCUGUUGACCUGGCUGAAUGAAUUCUAAUAUGGCAUUAUCUCUCAGUCCAUCAUAUACCGUUUUGUCAUCAGCAUCUCACAAACUUAAACAUGAGCCAUAUGAAACAAUGCACCAGCUUGUUUUGGCCCAAACUGCAUGAUUUAUCAUUGUGAAAAUGGAUGUAAUAAACAUGUUGUGUU